CUUCUUAUCCACCCCAUGCAUAUAUAUAUAUAGCCCUUCCUUGACAAGACACUUCACACUACAACACAAAUUUCAUUUAAGUUUGAUUAGCUGUGAUCAAUUCCUCUUGUUACUCCAAAGAUGGGAGAUAGGUUGCGUUUAACAGUCGGGAUACUGGGUAAUGCAUCAUCGAUGUUACUGUAUACUGCUCCUAUAUUGACAUUUGCCAGGGUCAUAAGGAAGAAAAGUACCGAAGAGUUUUCAUGUGUUCCUUACAUACUUGCAUUAACAAACUGCUAUUUCUAUACCUGGUACGGUUUGCCAGUCGUAAGCUCUGGUUGGGAAAACUUUACUAUUGUAACUAUCAAUGGCCUCGGGGUUCUGCUUGAGCUAUCCUUCAUUCUUAUAUAUUUCUGGUUUGCCACUGCUACUGGAAAGAAAAAGGUAGCAAUAUUAACGACAACCGUUACCCUUAUAUUCGUCACCUGUGCAAUAAUAUCAGCUGUUGUCUUCCAUGAUCACCAUCACCGCAAGAUACUUAUUGGCAGUAUCGGGUUGGUAGCUUCUGUUGCCAUGUACUGCUCUCCACUAGUGGCUGUGAAGCAAGUCCUAAAAACCAAGAGCGUGGAAUUCAUGCCAUUCUACCUCUCUUUGUUUUCGUUUAUAACAAGUGUGCUUUGGCUGGCCUAUGGACUACUGAGCCAUGACUUGAUUCUCGGGUCACCUAACUUUGUCGGUUGUCCUUUGGGGAUCUUGCAACUUGCCCUCUAUUUCAAGUACAGGAAGAGAGGGAUCAUGGAAGAACCUCAGAAAUGGGAUGUCGAAAAGGUUGAAGAAAUUACCAAAGAGCAGUUGCAGGUUGUGGUUACGGAUAAUUCUCCUGCCAAAAUCUGAAGAAAUUUCUCGGCCAGAGCCUAGGAAUAUAUUUUCAUUCUUGUGAAACGUAAUUUUGAUUUAAACAAUGUUCUGGACUGUGAAAUCAUUAAGUGUAUGUACAUGUAACAUGCUUGUGCAUAUGACACUUGUGUGAAUUUGAUCUUGAUAUUAGUAUUCAGAGUUUGAAUUCAUUAAAUUUGUAACAAAGUUUGUGAGCUCAUUCAGAGGACACCAGAAGAAACAUAUCCCUGACAGGGAAAACAAUUAGAGAACAAUUAGG